UUCUUUUAUCUACUGUUUCCAUGGCCAACCUUCAUCAUUUAGAAAUUUGGUAGAAUCUUGACCCUUUCUCUCCAUUGGAAGUCUUUGUCUCCUCCGCAACGAUAAACCCAAAUCCUAGAGGCGGUGCCGAGCCAACAUCAGCCAUGGCUGUACCUACCUGGUUGUGGACUCUCUCUGCGACCAUGACCUUAACUCUGAUCUCCUUGGUGCAUGGGAACUCCGAAGGAGACGCUCUGUACACUCUGAAAAAGAGCUUGACCGAUCCGGAUAACGUGUUGCAGAGCUGGGAUCCGAAUCUUGUCAAUCCCUGUACUUGGUUUCACAUCACCUGCGACCUACAAAAUCGCGUCACUAGACUGGAUUUAGGUAACUCAAACCUAUCUGGACAUCUGGUACCUGAACUUGGGAAGCUUGAACAUUUGCAGUAUCUGGAACUUUACAAAAACAACAUUCAAGGAACUAUUCCUGCCGAGCUGGGUAACUUGAAGAGCCUUAUCAGUCUUGAUCUGUAUAAUAACAACAUCUCAGGGACAAUACCUCCAUCUUUUGGGAAAUUGAAGUCACUUGUAUUCUUACGACUGAAUGACAACAGAUUAACUGGACGAAUCCCCAAGGAACUUGUUGGCAUGUCUAGCCUCAAAGUUGUUGAUGUGUCGACCAAUGAUCUGUGUGGAACAAUUCCUACCAGUGGACCAUUUGAGCACAUUCCUCUUAACAACUUUGAGAACAACCCUCGACUGGAAGGUCCAGAAUUGCUGGGUCUUGCAAGUUAUGACACAAACUGCUCGUAAAGAAGAAGAGAACAAUGCUGCAAAGCCUUGGAUUAGAUUAUGCACUCACCCAAAUAUAAAAUGUAUUACACUCACAGUAUAAACAGGAUUGAUCAAAAGCAGUCCCUUGUAUGAAUGUUUGUAAAUGCGUUUGUAACUGCAUGCGCAUGCUUCUUCAGUAAUGUUAGAGACAGAAACAUGUGUAGCUGUAAUGCUAGCUAAGAUUUCACUGCUGGUGUAAAUCGUUACUUCCCUAUUCAGUACCAACCUUUCUCUGCAUUCAUUUUAUACGACAGGAAUCACCCAGAUUCAAUUGUUAUGGCGACGCUGCUACUCUUAACAGAAUCUUGUUCCUCGUUUCAUUGAAGAAAACGUUUGUGAUUGU